AUGACUGGUUCUUCAAGUUCAUCGAGUCAAGAGACUUCACCAGGAUCUCCAACUAUCCCAGAAAUUUCACUAAGCGCGUCAACAAAUAUCGUGACACCUACUCCAGCAGCUUCAUCAGUGUUACCAAUAACCACACUUAUAACUUCAUUGUGUUCAACUGCUUCAUCUGCUUCAGCCGCUAAGCUUUCUAAUUCGGUUUCUGAAACUGCUUCCCCGACUAGUAGCACAUUCUUUACUGGGGAUACGACUAUCUUUGAGACUAUCAGCUCCGGUCAAACUGUAACUAUCAAAACUUGUGAGGUUGCCGUUACAAUGAAUUCCAAUGGUGAAUACAUUACGUCUACUUCAAUUGUUGCUGGUACUUCUGCUUUACCUCCAAGCGAAUUAGAACUGUCUAAAGUUGUUGGCUCACAGGCCACAUCAAGUGAACAGUCACCAAGCGAGCUGGUCAACACUUUAACAAGCGGACAUAAUCCUAUAGAAGCACCCUCGAUCAGUGAAGGUAAAUAUACCACGGUUAGUUCUAUUUCCCUAUUAAAUAACAUCCCAACUGUUGCCGCAAUUUCCAAACAGGGUUCUCUUAGUUUCUAUACCAUAUCUGAACCUAUCCCUAAUGUUAGUUCGUCUACACUUUCCACUGCUUCCGGAAUGGUUACUUUCUCCUCCGUUAGUCCUUACAGCGGAGCGGCAUCCUCUUCUAAAGAAAAUAAUUCCCUUUUGUGGAAAGUCUUACUUGUUUUUGCUUAUAUCGUAUAA